AUGGCACCCGUCACACAGAUCAUGUACUUUAAGACCUCUUUGUCCUAUCUCCAGGAUCCUGCUUGGUUAAUUUCUGAGCUUGCGACCCAGAGUUCAGUAGCCAAAAUCAAAGGGCUUUCUAAGGCAUACCUUGGUUUCGAGACUGAGGAUCUGAGCAAUGCAUUCUGGGUCUUCACAGACACUUUCAAGGCUACACAAUCAGCUGCUCGGCAAAUCAUUGCGAGCAAACCUACCCACACAUUUGCCGGGUUCUCCAACACUAGUCGGAUCUUUUCCGCUCCAGUGACGGAAUUUGUCACUUUCACUCUCAAGAGAGGUGUCAGCAUGAACGUGCUUCAGCCCCUCAUCAAACGGCUUCAGUUCUACGGCUCGAGCUGGGCACCUGUUGUUGAUAAGCCCAACGUAGUUCACGGCGUGUUAGGAUGGGAGUGUGCAGGUCCGCUGAAGGAAAUCAUCGAUGAAGUGAAGAAGGUUGCUAACCUUUGGCUUGUGCACGCGAUACUUAUUACUGACGCAGUACAAAGUGCGAACUUGAUGAUGUACGAACCAAACUUUGUCGUUGCUGUAAUAGGAAGUCGUAAGCGCACAGCGGUCUCGUCGGUUCCCGUGUUAGGGUCUUCCACCAAAACAUGUCGAGCAAAAGCCGAGGCCGCAGAUCUCGAUGUCCGGGACGGAAAUGAUGACCAGAUGAUAUGUGAUGACAGUGCUGAUUAUCUUGAGUUCGUUUUUACGUGCUGCGCUGAUCCUGUCAGCCAUAGGCUCCAUCACCGCAAGCACAUGCAUCCACAAGGAACGAAAAAUCUUAAUUGA